AUGGCAGAAUCAGCACAAUACGUUUUAUUUGAUAAUGAAUCCAGAAAUAAUAUAUCAUUGCUACUCAAAGAAUUUGACAAAGAUCUAGAAAAUAUAUCUGGAAAAUGUAUAGAUGUCGGUUGUGGACGCGGAGAUAAAACAAAAGAUAUUCUCCUUCCGUCUCUUGAUCCAAAUGCGACAAUGAUUGGUACAGAUAUUAUGGAGGAACUAGUUGAAUAUGCCAACAAAACAUACGGUGAUGAGAAUCGACUUAAAUUCGAAGUGCUGGAUAUUGAAACUAAAAAUUUGCCCGAGAAAUAUGUCUCAGAAUUUGAUCAUAUAUUCUCAUUUCAUGCUUUUCAGUGGUGCAAUGAUAUUCGCCAAACGUUUCGAAAUAUGUAUCGUAUGCUUCGGCCUGGUAAAACUAUGCUUAUAUUAAGCAUAGCGCAUCAAGCAACCAUAUUUGAAUCUUUGAAAGCUAUGACGGAAGAUACGCGAUAUGCAGCGUACAUGGGGGACAAAAAAAAAUAUAUUGGGUCAUUUCAUUAUUCAAUCCGACCUCACGAUGAGCUAAAAGAAAUACUUGAAGAUAUCGGAUUUCAAGUUCACCAUUGUAGUCAUCGAAACAAGAGCGCAUUUAUAAAUACGAAAAAAUAUAUAUCCAAGAUUAUUUUACAGCAUACUUUUGCAUUUUUGGAUAAAAUGCCGCAUAAUCUAAGAGAGGAAUUCAUUAACGAGUUUGCGUGUAGAUUCGAGGAAAUAAGAAUUGAAGAAUACAAAAAGAGACAAAAUGACGAUAAGCUACAUGAAGAUAUUCCUCUUUAUUAUACUGUAUUAGUAGCUUAUGCACAGAAACAUUUAUAAUUGUAUUAGCCAAUAAUUGAUCGGAGGAAUGCGCAAUAUGUUUAUCUUUCUCUUUCAAGCAAACUCUGAAAUGCUGGAGAAAAAUAUUUAUCUUUAUUUUUAUUUAUAUAAUAUCAUUAUAAAAUAAUUUUAAUCAAAUUAGCAAAAUUUAUCGCUGUUUCCUAGAUCUACUGUAUUAAAAAAAAAAAAAAAUUAUUUUAAAUCGUUAUCAAUGAUCGAUGGUCAAAGAUCAUUCAAAUGAAGUAAUCAUGUAAUGCGAUCAAGAAUGCAAUUAAGAAAUUAUUAAACAAACUAUUAUCUACAGAUAUAAAAUAUUCCAAAUAGAUCAAUCUAAAGCAGCAAAUUUUCCUUAGUUGAAGAUCACAUGUUAAUAAAUCGAUAUUGAUUUUCCACUUGCAAAUAUUAAAUAUUUGUUUCAAUUGCCUCAUUAAAAAAAUACAAGACAUCAGUCCUUUAUAUAUUAUAUGAUCAAUUAAUUCAAUAAUUUUUUCAAUACAGUUUUUAAUUUUAUUAAUGUAAUCUACAAAUUAUAAAAGUAUGUAAAUUAUAAAAUUUCAAGCAAUGUAAUUCUGUAUAAGAUAGAAAAAAUUGUAUACAAAAUAAAUUAUGUGGAUAUCGUUUACAUAUAA